AUGAAGCAUGUGAAGGACUUGCUCAAGAGGGCUGAUAUGGCUGAUGCUCGUGCUAUGCCUACCCCUAUGAUGAGUGGUCUUCGGCUUGACGCUUCAAGAGCAGUGUUUGAUAGGCCAACUCUGUAUCGAUCAGUGGUUGGUGGCUUACAAUACGCCACCAUAACGAGGCCAGACAUUGCAUACGCUGUGAACAAAGUCUCGCAGUUUCUGCAUUCUCCCUUAGAACAACAUUGGAAAGCGGUGAAGCGCAUCCUGCGCUAUCUGGCAGGCACGACAAACAUGGGACUUGAGUUCCAUAAGAGUGAGGACUUCAGGAUUUUAGCAUUUUGUGACUCGGAUUGGGCCGCUGAUCCCGUUUAUCGCAAAUCUACUACAGGUUACUGUGUGUUCCUAGGAUCGAACAUCAUCUCUUGGUCUAGCCGAAAACAAGUCUCAGUGUCCAGGUCCAACACUGAAGCGGAGUUUAGGGCGGUAGCUGAUGCUAUGACGGAUACUAUGUGGUUGCAGAAAUUGAUUUCUGAAAUGCACCUUCCUUAA